AAGGACACUAGGGUCUAUUCGGUGCGUGUAUCAACAACCCCCUUUAGUGCACACCUGACCACCGCUAUUGGACAUCAUUGGAGUGGAAACUCCUGCCCGUUAAUAAAUCAGUCGAGUGACGACUCGAGUCUGUGAUUACCACAGAAAGCUGCCGUCCUGUCUGCAGAUGUAAGACAAUGUUUGCGAUCGCAGAAUUUGUGAGUUUAGGCUUGUCCACAUGCACUUUAUCUUGUUUACAACAAGUACUUACCAGGUUAUUUCUAUAACAUAUCAAUGCGUAUAGUUUUCCUUCUAAAAUUUCAAAAUAACUAUCUCAGAAAUCAGUGUUGUGUUACUGAAAGUUAAAAAUCUACGUAAAAGUGCAGAUCAAAUCAGACAGAUUGCCAAAUUCAGAGUCUAUGUCAAGCUACUACCCCGUACAAUAUACCCAGUUUUUCCUUUUCUCUCAAUAAUAAACAACUGCAAAUACACUAUAAUAAACAACUCCAAAUACUCUGAGCAACACUGUUUUACAGUUUCGUGACCGACGGUACAAAAGAAAAUCAUUCCUUAAAAACCUUCAAGACGGGUAACUUCUGCGAAACACAGAACUCGGUAUUACUGGGAAAACACAGACCAUAUAACAUAAUACGAGUCACUCUUCCAGUUUGUUGUCACUCGUUCAUUUUUUGCCUCUCCAAGUGACACUGGUUUUCCUCAUAAAAAGAUUAUCUAGGCUCGUAGAAAUGAAAGACUGGUAGUUCAAGGAGCACUUAGUUCAGGGAAAACGCGAGUGAAGGAAGCAAUACGGUUAUUAAAAGUUCUGACUCCGACAGAGCAAUCCUAGUGAGCCAGGUUUUUGUUUUGAAGAAGUUCUACGUUUUACUUCACAGGUAGAUAGUCGUCCAAUGCGCCAUUAGUCUUCAUUACAAGUAUCCUUUGUAAUCAAAUCCGUUAUUAUUCAUCCUGCUAGAAAAAUGGUUGUGCAAGUAGAUUUUUUACAGAGUGAGUAUAUACUUUCCUCGAGCUCGCUGGGAUAUUCCUUCACACGUGAUUGGUUAGGUGACCCAUAAGAGGCGGUCCUACUUAAUUCAUGUCGGUGGUCUUUUCCUUGAUGGCCAAAAGUUGUGAAACUAUCUUCGCCCUUUUCUCUGACACUUAUUUUAUUUCUGGACCCGCAGCGGAGGCAGGGGGUAAAACAGGACUGGUGGCUGCAAAGGACUUACUUUUUCACUUCAUACAGAAUUCCUAAAAGGGUGACAGUGGGUUUCCUCUAUAUACCGCUAUGUGUAUGAGUCGACAGCAUUUAGUCAAACUAUGAAGCAAUGAAGGAACACAAAUUGACAGGGUUUCCGCAGAUAGGAGAGCAACCAACGGAUAACAGAACCGUGACGACUGACUCUUCUCUGAAAUCUAGGUGUCGAGGAGGGAAGAGUAGACCGGUGCUCUAGACUGGGGGAACCAUGCAAUUUGAAGGCUGGGUUAUUGUGCAGUUUUGUUUGUCCACCCUUACUGUAAGAACAUUGGAAGUCAUAUUUCACCCCAAACAAGAAGCCUUCAUUAAACAAUUAUCCUCGUAUGAAAUAGCAACACCUAUUCGGUUAAACGAGUUUGGAGAAAAUUUUCCUCACACACAGCACUUCAGACGACGAAAAAGGAGUUUAGACUCUGAUGUUUGGGGUUCAAAAGUUUUGUAUCGAAUCAGUGCAUACGGACAAAAUUUCUUGUUCAACUUAACUGCUGAUUCAGGUUUUAUUGCGCAGUCAUUUACAGUUACCCAUAUUGGGUCACCACAAUACAACGAUUCUGCGUUGGAUGAAGAUUUUCAUAUCUUAAGUCAUUGCUUUUAUAGGGGACAUGUCAACGGGGAACAUCAGCAUACAGCUGUGUUCAGUCUAUGUACGGGCCUUGUAGGCUCAUUUAAGACAAAAGAGAGUGAAUAUUUUAUAGAGCCUCUGAUAAGAGCAAAUGGAAGUGAAUAUGAGAAUGAGCACAGCAAACCGCAUCUUAUAUAUAGGCAUGAAUCUUUGCAGCAGUAUUCUCAGGGCGAAGCAUCUCAGUUGUGUACAGCCUCAGACAAUCAAGUAGAGAAGAACACUGUACAGUUAAAAGCAUACAAAAGCGUAACUGAAGAUAUUCAUUCUGUGCAGAAGUCACAAAGCUCAGGAAACUUUAUGAAAUUUUAUUCUAAAAUGAAUGUUACAACAUACCAGCAUACCAGACAAAAGCGGUUUCUUUCAUAUCCAAGAUUUGUUGAAGUAAUGGUCACUGCUGAUAACAAAAUGGUACGACAUCAUGGACGCAAUUUGCAACAUUACAUUUUGACUCUUAUGGCAAUAGUGGCAGCAAUCUACAAAGAUGCAAGCAUUGGGAACCUCAUACACAUUACGAUAGUAAAAUUAAUUGUAAUUCACAAUGAAAAGGAAGGACCUUCCAUCAAUUUUAAUGCUGCUACUACCCUGCACAAUUUCUGUGUCUGGCAGCAAACACAGAAUACCCGUGAUGACAGUAACCCUUCCCAUCAUGACACUGCGGUGCUCAUAACUAGGGAAGACAUCUGUAGAGCGACAAAUAAGUGUGAUACAUUAGGACUGGCUGAGUUGGGUACAGUAUGUGAUUCUUAUCGUAGUUGCUCAAUCAGUGAAGAAAAUGGACUAAGUGCAGCGUUUACCAUAGCUCAUGAACUGGGACAUGUAUUUAAUAUGCCUCACGAUGACAGUCCUAAAUGCAAAGAAGCUGGAGUAAAACAUCAGUACCAUGUCAUGGCUCCUAUAUUAAAUUAUGAUACAAAGCCAUGGACGUGGUCUAAGUGCAGUCGGAAGUAUAUUACUGAAUUUCUGGACACUGGUUAUGGAGAAUGCUUGCUUGAUGAACCCUCAGCUAAAAUCUUUGAACUUUCACCUCAGCUACCUGGUCAGCUAUAUAAUGCCAACAGACAAUGUGAACUGAUGUUUGGACCUGGCUCUCAAGUCUGCCCGUAUCUGAAACAAUGUAAGCGACUGUGGUGUACAAGCACAGAAGGAAUACACAAAGGCUGCCGCACGCAACAUUUGCCUUUAGCUGAUGGGACAGAGUGUGGACCUGGAAUGCAUUGCCUGCAUGGAUCCUGUGUGAAUAAAGAAGUGGAAUUGCGGCCUGUGGAUGGUGACUGGGGUCCCUGGGGACAAUACAGUUCAUGCUCAAGAUCAUGUGGUGGAGGGAUCAAAAUUGCAGCGAGAAACUGCAACAAGCCUGAGCCAAAAAAUGGAGGAAAAUACUGUGUGGGUCGUAGACUGAAAUUCCGUUCGUGCAAUACCAAUUCAUGUCCGAAAGGAAAGAAAGAUUUUCGAGAGGAACAGUGCUCUGAAUUUGAUGGAAAACAUUUCAAUAUCAAUGGUCUACCUCCUAAUACUCGAUGGCUUCCCAAAUACAGUGGCGUUCUUAUGAAGGAUCGUUGUAAGCUUUUCUGUCGAGUAGCUGGAACUACUGUUUACUACCAACUAAAGGACAGAGUUUCUGAUGGAACACCUUGUGGACCAGAAACUAAUGAUAUAUGUGUACAAGGCCUGUGCAGGCAAGCUGGAUGCGACCAUGUAUUAAAUUCUAAAGCACGAAGAGACAAGUGUGGGAUAUGUGGUGGUGACAACUCCUCAUGCAAAACUGUGGCUGGUACUUUUAACAGUGUACAGUAUGGAUACAACGUUGUUGUAAGAAUUCCUGAAGGAGCAACUAGCAUUGAUAUCCGACAACAUAGCUAUUCAGGAAGACCAGAUGAUGAUAACUAUCUUGCUUUGUCAGACAGCCAAGGCGAUUUUGUAUUGAAUGGAAACUUUGUAGUGAGCAUGUUCCGAAGAGAGCUAAACUUACAUGGUGCAAGCAUUGAAUAUAGUGGUUCAGGUAACGCAAUAGAGCGAAUUAACUGCAGUGGUCGAAUACAAGAAGAACUAAUUGUGCAGGUCCUGUCUGUGGGAAGCUUGUACAGUCCUGAUGUACGCUAUUCUUUUAAUAUUCCUGUAGAAGACCGGGGAGUUGACCUUUUUACAUGGGAUCCAGAUGGCUCUUGGCAAGAAUGCAGUAAAAUAUGUCAAGGUAUCCGUAAAAGGAAGGUUAUCUGCAUUCGAAAAAAUGAUCGUUUGGUUGUUUCUGACCAAAGAUGUGAACAUUUACCUCGUCCUCCUGCAAUCACAGAGCAGUGCAAUACUGAGUGCCAGUUAAGGUGGCGUGUUGGUUCUAAGAGUGAAUGUAGUGCACAGUGUGGCCCAGGAUAUCGAACCAUUGACAUAAAGUGCAUGAAAUACUCAUUUACAAAAGGAUGGAGUGAACAGUUGGAUAAUAAAUUUUGUAGUGACCAGUCAAAGCCUCCUUUCAGGGAAUCAUGCCACGGUGACUGUCUUUUAACCACUUGGCGCUAUACGUCAUGGUCACAGUGUUCUAGGAGCUGUGGUCGUGGAACAAGAGCUCGAGAAGCUUACUGUAUUAAUAAUCUUGGUCGUCGUGUUGCUGAUAAAGAAUGUAAUCAAAGUCAGAAGAUUGGUACUCAGAACUGCAAUGACAUCACUUGUCCUGAAUGGAUUGCUACUGAAUGGAGUGAGUGCCUAGUGACCUGUGGAAAGGGCAUGAAGCACAGACAGGUGGUUUGCCGUUUGAAAGAUGAGCUGCUAAGUAAUAAUGCUUGCAACUUGAACAGUAAGCCUGAAUCUGUUGCACCUUGUCAACUUCCUGAGUGUGCAUCUUGGCAGACUGGACCAUGGGGACCAUGUACUGUGACGUGUGGGCAAGGUUAUCAGAUGCGUGCUGUACUGUGCUUAGCAGGAGACCGUGAUGCUGCAUUAGAGGACAGGAACUGUAAUGCUGCUACACGUCCUAGAGAUACACAGGACUGUGAAAUGUCUGCUUGCCAAGUACAGUACAAAGAGACAACAACUCUUCUUCCGGUUAUCCAGCAAGGAUUGAUGACCCAUUGGAAAUAUGGAUCAUGGACUCCUUGUUCUGUGAGCUGUGGGAAAGGUACUCGUGCUCGUUAUGUGAGCUGCAGAGAUGCUAGUGGUGGAGUUGCAGAUGAGUCGUACUGUGUACAUUUACCUCGACCUCAAGAGUCUUCAUCAUGCUUUAGUUCAUGUGGCCAGUGGCAUGCAGGUGACUGGUCAUCAUGCUCAGUAACCUGUGGUCAAGGAAGAGUAACAAGGCAAGUUAUUUGUACAAAUUACCAUAACCAUAUAGAUUCAGACCACUGCAGUCCUGAAGAACGUCCAGCUGAGGAGCAAGAAUGUAGCAUGCCCCCAUGCCUUCCAAGUUAUCGACGUUCAAAUUCAGAAAUUGGAAAUGAAUACUCACCACCUGUUCCAACAGUUGACAGCCCAAAUUCACAUGUGUACCACAAACCACAAGAGAAUCAUAACUACUGGAACAAUCCUUCUAAAAGGGAAAGUCAAUGGAGAACAGGACCAUGGGGUGCUUGCUCCAGCACAUGUGCAGGUGGAUUCCAACGCAGGGCUGUUGUGUGUCAAGAUAAGGAUGGAAGAAUGACCAACUUCUGUAGUGAAGGAACAAAACCAGCAGAAUCUAAGCACUGUGAGUCUGGGCCAUGUCCACAUUGGAAUUAUGGGAGCUGGGGAGAGUGCACUCAGUCAUGUGGAGAUGGAAUACGAACACGAAUGGUGAUUUGUGAGCUGCCCAGUGGGCAAAGAUUAAAUGAACAGAACUGUGACAUCUUGGAAAAACCACCAGAUACAGAGCAAUGCAACAUGCAAGUUUGCCCUGCUGGUGUGACAUGGCAUCGAGGAGCAUGGAAAUCGUGUUCAGUAACCUGUGGAAGAGGUAUAAAACAUCGUGACAUUUACUGUACUGAUAUGGAUUUAAAGGUUGUAGAUGAUCAAUACUGCCAACAUGUACAGAAACCUCAAACCCAUAAACCAUGCAGAGUUGGCAGAUGCCCUUCAUGGAAGGCCAAUAGGUGGAGUGAGUGCUCUGUAACCUGUGGGACAGGAAUUCAACAAAGGAAGGUCUUCUGUCGCCUUCGAGGCAUAGGACAAAUUAAUGAUGCAAUGUGUGAUUCCUCUAGCCAUCCCAGCAAGACACAAUACUGUGAGCUUUCCAGCUGUGCUCAUUAUGUCUGGAUUGUAGAGGAAUGGGAAGAAUGUUCGGCUGUAUGUGGAGAAGGUAAAAGACAGCGGCAGGUCAUCUGUGUCAAUCAAAACAAGGAGCCUGUGAAUGACAACUAUUGUGUUUCAUCUUUGAGACCUCCUCCUGCCGAAAAAUGUAUGACUGCACCUUGUGAAUACAUCUGGAUCUUAGGAGACUGGUCUCAGUGUUCGGCGACAUGUGGCCUUGGUUAUCAGCAACGAAUGAUUUAUUGUACUGAAGUUCACUCUGCUCAUACUCACUACUCAUAUGACCUUCCAUCAGCAUCAUAUCAGGAAUGUCCGCUUCCACAUCCUCCAGAUACUCAAAAAUGCUUUGUUACAGACUGUCCUUCUGCAGCCACUUGGAAAGUGGGGCAAUGGAGCAAGUGCUCAGUAACUUGUGGUAUUGGAACAAUCAGAAGACGAGUCAAAUGUAUGGAUGCAGAAGGUUUAUCCAGUACCCUAUGUCUUCCUCACGAGAAACCAAAAAACACAAUGUCUUGUCAAAAAAAAGAUUGUGAAAUUUCAGGUAGCUGCAGAGACAUCCAGAAGAGAAAGGGCAUCAGGAAAGAUGGAGAAUAUCUACUUAAUAUCAGAGGUGUAGAAAUACAGAUACAUUGCUCUGGCAUGCAGUCAGACUCUCCAAAAGAAUACGUAACAUUGCCAAAAGGAGAAGCCGAGAACUACUCAGAAGUGUAUAGCCUCAGGCUGGAAAACCCAUAUGACUGCCCAUUUAAUGGAUCUCGGAGAAGAGACUGUACAUGCAGAAGCGAUUAUCUUGCAGCAGGCCACACCGUUUUUAGAAAAAUAAGAUUUGACCCAAGCACAAUUCAAAUAAUGACUGAUGAUUUAUCCUUUGCACACACCAUAUUUGGAAGAGCCGUUCCAUUUGCUACAGCAGGGGACUGUUACAGUGCUGCUAAAUGCCCACAGGGGCAGUUUAGUAUCAGUCUUACAGGCACAGGUUUGAGGAUAUCUGAUUCCACAAAGUGGUCUGCAGUGGGAAAUUAUGCAACAGCUGACAUUCGUAGGUCACAAGAUGGUACUAAGGUGUAUGGAAGAUGUGGAGGAUACUGUGGAAAAUGUGUGCCUCAGGCAAGCACAAGACUCUCUGUAGAAGUUUACUGAAGGCUUCAUCUGAAUGGGAAUGCAAUAUAAGAACCAGGAAGUAUAGUGCUCAUUUGCAAGUCAUAUUGCAUCAAGGUUACAAGCUACAUUCUGCAUUUAAACCAGAUGACGGUUUUCAGUGCAACCAAUACAUGUGAAUGUAGCACUAUCUUACUGAUAUUACAUACUUCGCCAGCAGUUUGAAAGUGAGAAUUCGUGAAUAUCAGAAAACUUGAAGCAAGCUGAAAGAUGAAAAUUUGCUGUUCUUACUUGUAGCGGUGAAUGCCACAGAACACACUGCAGUAUAAAAGGAGCAAUGUAUGUACCAAAUGUCAUCUGUAAUAGCUUAUAGUAAGCACUUUUAAUGCCACAUUUGCAGUUUAGCAUACUGGCUGUGUACUGUUAUUUUCCCUUUGUUCUAAAAACAUUUUCAAAGUGAAAUAUCAUUUAUAUAUUAAGACUUUUGUGAAUGCUUUCAUUUUAUAGUGAGUGCAUUCUCCAGUAUGCGUUACUCUUUUCUGCUUUAGAUAUUUAAUUAUCUUAGCCGUAUAUGUGGACAGUUUUGUCCAGAAUAAUGCUUCCAUGUAAUUGGUUAACACAUGUUCAGUUAAGCACAUUCCUAACAAAUGUUUGAUGUUUUUAGAAAUAUUUCCAGUUUUAUUGUCUUAUUAUAGAAGACAUUUUUUGAAGAACUUUGAAAUAUUUUCCCCUCAUGGUGCUCUUUUUUGACAUUUAAUGGCAUGUACUUAACAUUGUGAUUUUCAUCCUUUGUGUUCCAGCACAUACAUGAUUGUAAUUAUUACAUCUGCAUGCCUAGAGUGGAUCUAAUCUACGAAACCAGUGCUUUUAUUAGGAAGAUACCUGCAGACUGCAAGGUGCUAUUCUACAGUAUUUAUUUAAGGACCACUUUGACUUCUUAAGUUGUGAGUAAUACAAAGAAUUGGAAGGAGGUCCCAGCUUUUAAGGUGCUACUACAUCAUUUGCCAUCAAUACACACUAUAAUUCUCAGCUGUGAUAUGGAAUCCCAUAGUAAAUGGUGACUCAGUUCUACUAGGGAGAUUCAGAAAGCUAUAGGUAUAUGAAACUGGAUGCCAAAACAUCAUAUCACCAUGGAAAGUAAUGGCAUUUGUAAUUUGUUGACCUAACUUAGUGUACUGUUAUCAGCAGACCUUAUUGUCCUCCAUAUUUGUAAUGUCCCUUGCUGCUAAUUAAUAAUCUGUUAUUUCUAUUUUUUAAUUUAAGAAAGUUCUCCUCAUUAUAACUUACAGUGUUGGUUCCAUCAGUUAUGUCUGAUAGUAAUUCAACUUGAUGGCUUUAUGAAGCCUAAAAAAGGUAUAUUUAAGAAAAUGAAGUUAUGCUGCCCAAACUAUUGUUACAAGGGGAAUUGUAAAGUAGUACAUUUUCAAACUGGAAGUUUUAUCCAAGCAAACCCUACCUCUGACUGUAAUGUAAAUAAAAGAGAUAUAUUUUAAUAUUUGUAAAAUAUUUAUUUA